GCUGCAUUUUUAUGGAAUAAAAGGAGCACAUUUCAUUUGAGCUGAGAGGGUUUCUUUAACAAUUAAGUAGCUAAGUUUUGCUAAACUAUGGCCACAUCCUCCUCAGACUUUAAAGGGAAAGAUAAAAUGAGCUCCACUUCCUACAUUUUAUGCGGCUUUUCAGACGAUUAUGAGUCUUCUUGUGAUGACAAUUUUGAGGAAGCAAAGAAUACUGGUAUUGAGGUUAAGGUAAAGAUAUGUGAGGAUAAUGUUCUAUUGAAUAUUCACUGCAGGAAAAGCAAAGGAGUGCUGGUGAAGAUGCUGGGAGAGAUUGAGAGCCUGAAACUCUCUGUUAUUACUGCUCGUACCACUCCCUCUGAGGCUUCUGAGCUCGUUAUUACUGUCAACGCUCAGAUUGAAGAAGGGUUUUCUUUGACAGUGAAGGAACUUGUGAAGAAGUUAAAUGCAGCAUUAAGGCGGUUCAUUUCAAGGACUGAAUAAGAGCAAUUCUUGUUUGUUACUAGAGGACAAGUUCCCCCUUCCAUUUGCAGAUUUAUAUUCUCUGGAACAUGGCAUCGUGUUGACUUUAUGAUAAAAGCUUUCACUCUAAUUCGAUUUUGAGUGAUUUGGAGAUAUAUGCGCAAAGUUAUCUUAACAACAUCAAAAUGAGGUCAAGCUGGAGAACAUGAACCAUUUUAAAAGUUUCUUAGGAUAUUUAAUUAGUUAAAUGUGUCACUUAAUAACUCAAUGUCAUGUAAGUGUCUUAUAGACGGACGAAUUUCUCACUUUUGAAGAGUUGUUUCAAGAUAUAUAGUACGUACCCGGCCUAUCGAUCCAAUUAAAAGUAAGUUGUUGAUUUGAUUAAUAAUAAGCAUUCUGCUUUUAUCCUUACUGUAUA